AACAAGGAAAGAAAGAAGCAACGACAAAAAGAAAGAAGUGCAGUUAAGAAUGAAUUUCCUUCUUAAUUUCUGUGUUCCUAAGGUGACAAUACAAAAUAGAAUACAGUGUUAUUAUUAUUUCCCUUUAUUCUGCAAUCUUUUUAUUUUCCACGGCAGCAGGGGAAUUAUCCACUAUUUCAAAGCAGAGAGUAAUUCUCCUAUUUUUGUUUUCCUAUUUUCAUAACAGACAAACAUUGCAGAGAUGUUUUAGUUCAGGGUAAAGUUUUAUCGCGCUUGGGUUUAAGAUCAAAUAAGUCGUCUUGUUCUCCCUUCUGACAGUGAUAGUGCAGGAGUACGCACUCUCAGUGUCUCAACAGAAACUGAGCUUACAAUCUUUAUCUAUCAUCAUCAUCAUGAAUAAGGAACAUCUAAAUCAAUCAACAAUCUCAAUUUGCGGCGUUUACAUUUUCUUCUCAUCCAGUAUACCUCAAAGCACAAUCUACUAUUACUACAUGACCAUAAUGCAUCGCUGUUUUCCAUAGUACGUUUAAUUAAGCAGUGCUUAGUUCAGAUUAUUCGAAGCAAUGAUGCCACUGUCUCCUCCCAAGAGAGAAACUUGGCUUCACUGCGAGCAAUUAAUACCUAUGGAGGACGUGAAUUGCUGACUAAUAAGAGUAGAAAAAAAAUGCUGUAUCAAUGGCACCGACUCUGCACCACCUCCUCAUGGAAGCUCACUGUAGAUAAUUGAAUAAAAUGUCUAAUCAGAAGCUUGUAAUGUAUGUCUGAUAACACACUGUAUAUUAUUAUGUAGCCGAGAUAUGAGGACACUAGCGAGACACUUGUGUCUGUCCUGUGCAUAAGAGACAGGGUUACAUUAUUACAGCUGACUGGUGAUGCACAGAGAAAACAUGGAAAACGCAUCAGCUCAUUGAAGUCAAUGGACCGUGAACCUGGUCAGCAACAAAACCACCACCUGCGCGUUGAACCUGGUUGUUUGUCUGUCUGUACGUGCAUAUAUAAGACACCGUGAACAGCGUUGCUGUCGCUCUCCACUCUCACGCACAGAAAACACGAGCGAUGGCGCCGUGCAAAGAAUGAUGCCAUGUCAGAGGUCCUCACUGUAGAUGCCUUUUUGUUUGGGCUGUUGGUCUUCUCUGGCAUCCUGGGAAACAUCUUGGUCAUCCAUGUGGUGUUUCAGUCAGCCAGUGAGAGUCCGGCUCGCAGACUCCCUCCCUCUGACACUAUUUUGGUGCACUUGUCACUGGCCAACCUGCUGACCUCACUUUUCCGCACUGUUCCCAUCUUUGUGUCAGACCUGGGCCUGAACGUGUCUCUGUCUCCAGGCUGGUGUCGAGUCUUCAUGCUGCUGUGGGUGUGGUGGCGGGCUGUCGGGUGCUGGGUGACUCUGGCACUCAGCCUCUUUCACUGCACCACUCUCAGGCGACAGCACGUGGCCUUUGGACCUCUCGCUCAGCAGAGGGAGAGGCGGCGGGUGUGGAUCGCUCUGGGCCUGGUGUGGGGGGUUAACUUGGUCUUCUCCAUUCCGGCUCUGGUGUACAGCACGCACGUUCACGGCAACGCCACUGUGGAGCUGAUGGUGAUCAGCUGCACCACCAGGCCCCUGCUGGGCUGCGUGUGGGAGUUCCCCUCAGCCGAGCAGGGCUCGGCGUUUGCGUCCACUUCGCUGGCGCUUAAUGAGGUGCUGCCUCUGGUGCUGAUGGGUUUCACUAAUCUGGCCACACUUCACGCUCUGGCCAAGCACAUCAGAGCCGUCACGUCAGGGGGGGAGUCGGGCGUCGGUCACGGAGAACUGGACAAACACGUCUCCACGGAGCGCAAGGCAGCCAACGUCAUAAUGUCCCUGGUGUCGCUGUUCGUGGUCUGCUGGGUGCUGCAGGUCGCCGCAGUCACAUACUACAACCACGACGGGGGGCACCAUGCUGAGGGGCUGCUGACCGUGGCUCAUUUUUCCGCCUCGCUGUUCGUGGGAUUCAGUCCGAUGGUGGUGGCACUGGGACAUGGCAAGCUGAGGAAGAGGAUCUCCAGCAUGAUACUGGGGUGGUCUAAAGUCCUUAAAUGUCACAGUAAGGUCACUGAGGAGAGGACUAAUUCCCCAAAGACUGACUCUAAAAAUGGAAAACAAACCAUUUUUGUUGUUCAAAAGAGGGAAAAGACAUAAAUGACGGGGUGCGGUAACUUCUCUGGACACAAAUGUUGACAAGUAUUAAUCAUUUUGCUUGAAUUUGCAAUGUGGUGAUUUUUUUCUUAUUUUUCUGCCUCUGUUCGGUCUUUGUGAACAAAA